CGAUAUUUGUUACAACAUCUUAUGGUUUUUGCAUCACAUUUCAACGGCCUUUGGGCCCUGCUUAGCAUGCUAAGCACCACGCUAGCUCACACAGAUAGUCCUUAGCCGUUCUCCAGCUUGAACGCAACUAAGCUCGGAAACGCGACUUUGUAGCGCCAGCUAAUAUUAGCUUGGCUGUGUUCAUACUAAUCAGCAAUGCAGCGUUUUGGCUGACUGGGACGUUCGUAUCUAAGCUGCACAAAACCAAAAACAGACCACUUUUUCUUCUAUUCCUCCUUUAUUUAUUUUUUAAUUAUUUGUUUGUAAGAGUUAAGACCCCCGCCCAGUUAGCUGGCUAGGCUAUGCUAACAUGGCUACUCAAGCACUGUAUAAUACAGCUAAGAAGGCAUCACGAAGAGAAGCAUGGUUUGACCACAACAGCUAUACUCGGGUUGCCUAAUAGUACUACAGCUAACGGAUGCUAGUGUCAAUAACAUGCAGUUGACAUGUUUAAGUUAACAAUUUCUUUAAAGUCUGUUGUUUUUAAAUUUUAAAAUGUUGUUCGUUGUCCUACAUUCUCAGAUGAUACAAAACAUGGCUGACAUGAUGUGUCUGGAUACUUGUUCAGACUAAACACCUUGCUUGAGCUUUCUGCUGUAUUUGUCUCAGCUGAGCAUGUUUUUAGGGCUGGGCAAUAAUGCAAAAACAACAUAUAUAUGGUUAUAUCAUUGUUUUCACAGUUAAAGUGACACACUAUAGGAUUUACUCUCAGGUCCCUGUAGAGUUGGCAAACAGUAUCGUUUGUUACAAUUGUCAUAAAAUAAAUGUCACGGUAACGUGCAUUUGUUGACAAGCCGACCCUACCUGUGAACUGUGAAGCAGGACUUCCAAAGCGCAAACAACCAUGUGUUUAGGCCAGGUACAGUGGCCUAUGUUAAAGCAUUUUACACAAAUAGGAUUAUAUUGUUACAUUAGAAACAUAAACUAACCCUCCAAAAUGACAUCACACCCAUAAUGAUUUAGUUUGAGUAUAUUGCUAAUGCCAUGAAAUAGAAUGUUGUUCCAAGUUCCAUAGUGCCAUAGAUGCAGACCUGCUCAGGCUUUGACAGGGUUGCCAUUCACUCUGUUGGAAGUUGACAUUAUUUGAUAGUUGAAAUCCUACAUUGUGUCACUUUAAUGUAAAAAAUAUGAAACAUAUAUUAAAAUGUAUUCGUACUCUACAAACAUACUUUGAAACACACAAAAACCCCAUGCUGAAACUCAAACAAUGAGUUGCUCUUAAAGGCAAAGUGUGUUAAAUUUAGCAACAUUUUUUGGGAAGUUAUAUGUUGCAGCUUAAUAUCCUCACCUAACCCUUCCCUUCCAAGGGUGUUGGAGAACCUAUCUAGCCUUCAGUUUUCUAUUUCUAUCAAAUGAAAGCAAUUUGUAAAGUACAUUUUUGCCUCAAAUGUAUUAAAUGUUAAACAAACAAAUGUCUGUUGGUUUAAAUUACAGAAAUAUCAACAACAUUCUUUUUAAAAAAAUGUUUGAUAGUGUACAAAACCUUGUACGUAACACAAAAUUGCCAAAUAGUCACAGGGGUAGCAUAAUAUAAAUUUGAAAAAAACAAACAAUAGUUCAACGAAUGAAACUACUACCAUGUUAUGAAAAGUCUUACGCAAAAUCAAAAUAAAGUGGGCUCACUCAAGCAAGGCAUUGGGUUGCUUCGGGACAAACAACACAUGCUAAAAACGGUCACAAUAAUCAUCUUCAUAUUUUCAGUGUUAAACCAUGUAGCUAAGAAAACAGAUGGGAUGUUGUGGUUAACAGAAACACACUUGGCAGCAGUUGUUCUGUAUGAAGGUGUGCAAAGGAGAGAGAGGCAACAGUGAAACACAAUGGAUGCCAAGUGCCAGAAAACACCAGAGAGGAAGAACAACAAGACAAAUUGUCAUUAAAAUCAAAGUAACUUAAUGUUGAGAAACACUUUGGUCGCCCGGGCACACAAACAAGUGAAAUGCAGUAUAAGCUGUGAAUAAUGUCAGAGCAAGAAUUGAAUGAAAUUGUGCAAAUAACCGUGGAGGACUUUGACCAGGAUGGCCGUACAGCACAAGAUUUGCUGGAGAACAAAGAAAACGAUGAAGACAAGCCUCUGAAGAAAAAGAGGAAAUUAAGCAACAGCCAAGAGAACAACGGCAACAACCAAGACAUACAUUUUAUUAAGAAUCUGUUGGUUUCAUUCACUGCAUCAAUCAGUCAGCGGCUGGAGGGAAUUGAGUCAAAGUUAGAGGCUCUGGAUGCCACAUGCAAAGCCCUUGGACGCAAACUGGACAGCAUGGUUUCCUGUGCUAAGAGUCCUGUCCAGGUUCCUAUGGUUGCAGGCUCACCGCAGGGAGCCACUCAAACGUGGAACAAAGUGCGAUGUGUUGUGCCACAAACAAACGUGAUAGUAAGUAGUGAAAACCUGAAGGAUUCUAGCCAAGAGGACACACCACUGGAGAAUCUGCUUAGCAACGCCGUAAACAGACGGCGACAGAACACAAUCCUGGUAAAGGUUCCAGGCCCUGAAGGGAGCCAGGAUGAUCAGGAUAGCGGUUCAGAGGCCAGUGACACCAUCUCCAAUGGCGGUCAUUCCAGCAACGCACAAAAUGGCCCAAACGUCACACUCAUCACACUUAAUUCAGAAGAGGAUUUCCCAGAGGGCACCUGGUUGGGUGAUGACACCAACUCGGAGUUGAGAGUGCGUUGUCCAGUGUCUCCAGCCGACAUGCUCCACAUCAGCACAAACUGCCGUACACCAGAGAAAAUGGCACUGACUCUGUUGGACUACCUUUUCCACCGGGAGGUCCAGGCAAUGUCAAAUCUAUCUGGACAAGGCAAACAUGGCAAAAAACAGCUGGACCCACUCAUGAUCUAUGGCAUUCGCUGUCACUUGUUUCACAAAUUUUCCAUCAGCGAGUCAGACUGGUACCGAAUUAAGCAGAGCAUUGACUCCAAGUGUCGCACGGCCUGGAGACGCAAGCAGCGCGGCCAGAGUCUGGCUGUCAAGAGCUUCUCCAAACGCACUCCUCGCAGUUCAGUCACAGAGGACGGCAUGACAGAAGAAGCCGCCCACAUUGAGACAUCCACCCCACAAACCUUGCACUACACGCUGGCUAAUCAGCAGGUCCAGUUCCACCGGAUUGGCGAAGAUGGGCAAGUUCAGGUGAUUCCACAGGGUCAGUUGCACAUUGCCCAGGUGCCACAAGGAGAGGAGGUGCAGAUCACACAGGACAGUGAGGGAAACCUCCAGAUCCACCAGGUACAUGUUGGUCAGGAUGGACAGGUGCUGCGUGGGGCUCAGCUGAUAGCGGUGGCAUCAGCUGAUGGAGGGGCCACGGCAGUAGAGGGCUCCACUCUUCCCCCUGACAUCCAAGUGCAGUAUGUCCAACUAGCCCCUGUCACAGAUCACACCGCUGCAGUACAGGCUGCUGAGCUGGCUCCAGCCCUGCAGGCAGACAUGGAGGUGAAAGAGGCCAUCCAGGGCGCCAUCCAGGGCGAGAACGGUGAGGUGGUCCAGAUUGUCACCUCUGUGGCCACCUGAGAGGCCACAGCUCAGCCCAGAACUCCCCCCUCCAGCACGGCCUGAUGAGGCUCAACGCCAACAUCGGAGGUCAACAACUUUCAACAGUCUGAGAAGUCACGUCAGAACUUUUUUUGUUUCUCAAGCAAACACUGAAGGUCAUUGCUAAAUUGUAUGGAAGAAGCAUUUUUUGCAGUUUUGUUUUUUGGUUUUCAUCUGCAAUUGCUCAGCUCAUUGCCAACCAGAUGUUGCAACAUGGAGAUAUUCACAAAGAAAAAACUUGAAAAGACUACAAUGCUCCAAAAUCCACUUUGUUCUUUUUGGUGCUUUCACCACCAGAAUGGACUUGGAACACAACAGUACACACCAUGGGAUUAUGGUCUAUCCAGGGAGGAGACCAUCAACCCCGUUACUUAAUCAGCACACAAUUGUUUACGUCAACCAUAGAAAAUAGUGGAGUUAAGUUAUUUGGACUUAAGCUACUUGGCUAACACUGAAAGCCCCUGUGAGAGUUUGUAAAACCUCAGAAUCUCUCGUCAAACAACCGGUGCUGUACUUCUUUUCUCAUCAGUUCUGUGGCCGCAGGUGUCUGCAGUGGAACACAAUAUUAAGACGAGGACAGCUACUAUUGUUUGUGAUUAAUCAGGCUCCCUGUCACUCUCCAUAAAUGAGCAUACACUCUGUCUCCUGGCUGUGAACCUCUCUCCUCCUUUAACUUUGGUUCAGCUUGUUUUCAUGUUACUUCAACCACACAGCUUUGUUCCAUUUACCUAAUUGUAUUAUGCUAUAAUUUUGGGGGGAGCUUUCAUUUCAGAGGUAGAAGACCAUGACACAGAGACCCCACACACACACACA